CCAGGAUACUGCCAGUAAACAAGGCUUCAUCAUGUCGCAGUAUUUUUUUUUCGAAUUGCCCAAGGGGCCGCCGGUUCCCUUGACAAAAGCUACUCCCGGCUUGUGGUACUGGAGAGAGGACAGCAAAUCUCUUGACUUUGCUGGUGCCUUCCUGACUACCCCAGAGCCCAAGGAGAAAGUGAAGAAGGGCAAAACUAUCCAUUUCCAGGAACCUGGUGCUAAACUACCCGAUAGGCAAAGUCCAAGCGCUUUCCGAGAUAUCCUGGCUUCCCGAUCCGGGAUCCGGGAGGAUAAAGUGCCUCGGCCUCCGAAACGAGGGCAGAACGAGUUGAUCACGCUGGAAGAUGUGAAGUAUGCUGCUAUGUUUCUGGCACAUGACGAUGAUACGCUUGACGUUCCUUCCUUCUCAGUAGUUUUGAGGUGCAAGCAGUUGGAUGAUUUCCUCAUGGCUCUGCUCUACUACAUCAACUUUUUUUUAGAAAAAUUCACCCUGGAGAACAACCCGAGAUAUUGUAUGGGUGGACAGCCCAGCGCCUUAGAGAAGCAAGAAAUGAUGGAGACUCAAAGAAAGAUGGAGGUGGCCAAAAAACACCUGGCCGAAGUGUACUGCAUCCUCAUCCUGGGACUGGGAAUGACUGAGCAACAUCACAUGGCUUGUGGAAAAAGGAAAACAUCAGCGUCGAAGAAGGACAGGGACUUCUUUGAGGGCUUGUACAACUUCAGCUCCUACGUGGCGUAUGUGGCCUUCAAGCAGAGGAACCUCAAGGAGAUCCAGAAGGAAGUUGGGCGCCUCCUACGGACAAACAUAUUCAACCCUGCGCUGAGAGAGAGGACCAGGGCCAAACAGAUGAUGAAAACGGAUGUGACCCAGGAGCUGAAGAAGACCCCUUUCUCCCACCGCAGGAGCCCAAGUGCCAGGCAGCCAGCCAUCAGGAGCGUCUUGGACCAGCGGUCGCCGGUGCUGAGCACGUUGCUGCCAAUGGCGAAAGACAGUGCUCAGUAUCUUUUCCAAGACCAUUACCUGCAUCCCAGCAGAACUCCCCGGACUGUGCAUGCUGAAGACCUGCCGUCCUUGUCUUCUAUCGUGACGGAGUCCAAGAUCGGCAUCAUCGGAGCUCCCCGCAACAAGUUCAGCCCCCACACGCUCCUGCCCAUCCGCACGGAGGAGGAAGAGGAGGAGGAGGAGGAGGAUCACGAUAACCUGAAGACCAGCUCCUCCUCGGUCAUUGCCCGGGAGCUGCUCGUCUCCCCCAGAGCCAAUCUUGGCAGCACCAGCUAUUCCUGCAUGACCACUUCGAGGGCGACGACGGAAGCAGACUACGCUGAGAACCCCCAGUAGAGUGCAGCUAGAGUUAGGGCUAAGUUUUUUUUUCACGUAUUAAACCUUUUUUUGGGAA